UAUUUAUAUAUAUACACCCAUUUUUGGUGCCACAUCCAUCCUCACAAUACAAACACAAAGUAACCACUAGAUCCUUUCCUUCUCCUCCUCUUAGAAAAAAAAAAGAGAAACAAAAAAAAAAGAAAAAAAGAAAAAUGGGUGCUCCUUUAUCUUCUUGGCCAUGGGAAAACUUUGGUGUCUACAAGUAUCUUCUAUAUGGGCCACUUAUAGCAAAGGUUAUAAUCUCAAAGGCAUGGGAGAGUAACAGCUCACAUAAAUGGUGUUUUUAUCUUCUGCUUCUAUGUUUCCUUAGAGCUCUCAUCCACCUAAACUUGUGCUCAUUUAGCAACAUGCUCUUCCUCAAUCGGCGGCGCCGGAUUUUUAAGGAUGGGGUUGAUUUUGAUCAAAUUGACAAAGAGUGGGAUUGGGAUAAUUUUAUAAUACUUGAAUGUUUCAUUGGAGCAAUGGCUUUUUCUUGGUUUCCUUAUUUGAGAGAGCUCCCUCUAAGGGAUUUGAGAGGUGUUUGCAUGGCUUUUGUUCUUCAUGUGGGAGUAUCAGAGCCUUUGUAUUAUUGGGUGCAUAGAGAAAUAUUCCACAGAGGCAACCUCUUCUCUCUCUACCACUCUCUCCACCACUCCUCAAAGGUGCCUCAGUCCUUUACAGCUGGAUUUGUCACCCCAUUGGAGAGCAUUGUGUUGAGUAUUAUCAAGGGUGUGCCCAUAUUUGGUUCUUGCUUAUUGGGGUGGGGAUCUUAUGGACUCAUAUUUGGAUAUGUUUGGCUCUUUGAUUUCCUAAGAGGGAUGGGGCAUAGCAAUAUUGAGGUGGUGCCCAGUGUGAUCUUUGAUGCCUUCCCCACCCUUAGAUACCUCAUCUGCACUCCAACGUAUCAUAGUAUUCACCAUGUGGAGAAGAACUCUAAUUUUUGUCUAUUUAUGCCUAUAUUUGAUCUUUUGGGAGGAACACUUCACCCCAAAUCUUGGGAGCUACAUAGGGAGAUAUUUGCAGGGAAGAACGAUGGAGCUCCGGACUUCGUGUUCCUGGGACACGUGGUGGACGUAGGGCAGUCGAUGCACGUGCCAUUCCUGUACCGCUCGCUCUGCGCGAUGCCGUACAGGUUCCGGCCCUUCAUGGUGCCGAUGUGGCCGAUCGCGUUCGUGGUCAUGCUCAUGAUGUGGGCCUGGUCCAAGACCUUCCUCAUCUCCUUCUACACCCUUCGAGGCGCCGUCCACCAAAUUUGGGCGGUUCCCCGUUACGGAUUCCAGUACUUCUUACCAUUUGCUAAAGAUGGCAUCAAUGACCAAAUUGAGUUGGCCAUCCUGAGGGCUGACAAGAUGGGUGUUAAGGUCCUCAGCCUUGCUGCACUAAACAAGAACGAAGCACUCAAUGGCGGAGGGGCGCUAUUUGUGAACAAACACCCGAAUCUCAAAGUUCGUGUGGUUCAUGGUAACACCUUAACGGCAGCUGUAAUACUCAACGAUAUCCCAAAAGAUACAAAAGAGGUCUUCCUGACAGGCGCAACUUCUAAACUAGGGAGAGCUAUCGCACUCUAUUUGUGCCGCAAAAGAAUUCGAGUCUUGAUGUUGACGCUGUCGACGGAAAGGUUUCAAAUGAUACAGAAGGAAGCUCCCCAGGAGUUCCAACACUAUCUUGUUCAGGUCACUAAGUACCGAGCCGCGCAAAAUUGUAAGACAUGGAUCGUCGGCAAAUGGCUAUCGCUGCGAGAGCAACGGUGGGCUCCUCCGGGCACUCACUUCCACCAAUUUGUGGUCCCGCCGAUCAUCGGCUUCCGACGGGACUGCACCUACGGGAAAUUGGCUGCGAUGAAGUUGCCCGAUGAUGUACAAGGGCUCGGAGUGUGCGAGUACACGUUGGAUCGUGGGGUGGUGCACGCGUGUCACGCGGGAGGGGUGGUGCACUUGCUCGAAGGUUGGGCCCACCACGAGGUGGGCCCCAUCGACGUGGACCGGAUCGACCUCGUGUGGCGCGCCGCGUUGAAGCACGGGCUCAAACCCGUUUGAUACGUCAUCUAAUUAUUAUUAUUAUAAUUAUAAUUAUAAUUUUUAUUUUUGUUAUUACUGUAAUCAGGCAACAACGUCGUUGCUAAAUUAUACUCCCCACUUAAACACGUGCACAAACUUUUAUUUUAUUUUAUUUUAGUUUUAAAUUUCGUGAACCUUGUUUUUCUUUGUCUCUCGUGAUGUAACGGUAUCAUUGUUUCUAUACUAUAUGUUGGAAUAAUAAUCCAUACUUAAUUAAAA